UCACUGCACAAGAUCAAAGAUCGGCAUCCGUGUGAAAGUUUGUGGUACUGGUUUUUGGACAUAAUAUGGAUGAAUCACUUGUGGCUUCGUACAGACUGUUACUUUAAAUUAUAUACCAGGAGUGGUGACGUAAAUUAGUAUUUACUCGUACUUUCACAGCGCUCUUUACAGCCAAACGGAUAGUAAAUAUGGCCAGAGAAUACGAUCAUCUCUUCAAAUUACUUAUAAUAGGUGACAGUGGAGUUGGGAAGAGUUCUUUACUGCUGCGAUUCGCAGACAACACAUUUUCUGGAAGCUACAUAACAACGAUUGGUGUUGACUUCAAAAUACGAACUAUUGAAAUAGAAGGAGAAAAAGUCAAGCUUCAAAUUUGGGACACUGCAGGACAGGAGAGGUUCCGCACCAUAACCUCAACAUAUUACAGAGGGACACACGGAGUUAUCGUCGUUUAUGAUGUAACAAGUGGCGAUUCGUUUGCAAAUGUUAAAAGGUGGUUACAUGAGAUAGAACAAAACUGUGAUGUUGUCAACAGGAUAUUGGUUGGAAACAAAAAUGAUGCACCUGACAGGAAAGUAGUAUUGACAGAGGAUGCCCAGCGAUUUGCAGACCAGAUGGGGAUUCAGUUAUUUGAAACCAGUGCAAAGGAUAACAUAAAUGUUGAAGAGAUGUUUAUGGCAAUAACAAGACAAGUCUUGAGAACAAAAAAGGAACGGAAAGAGAGGCAAGCUAUUCAGAAUAAUGACACAGUAAAUCUUCGCAAAGGACCUAAACAGAACAAGAGGAAAUGUUGUUAACACUUGCAGGCACCUACCUCAAGGUGUUAGCAAUUUUGUCCCAGUAUAGAAGAAGAAACAAGUAUAUAGCAGGUGUAAACUGCAGUCAAGAAUUUUGCCAUUGUGGUGUCUGAGCAAGGGCAUGAAGAAACUUGCCAUUGUUUGCUGAUCAUCGUAGUGUUCUGGAAUGAAGACCAGACAGCUUACACAUCGUGUUUCAUGUCUAUCUUUUUAAACCCUGUUCUUUGAAUCACCAGUUUAACAGGAGUGCCCAUUGUGUAACAGUUGAAUCCAGUGGAUUUGGACGAUUAAUAUUGACAUAAUAGGCACAUUACUGUGGCAUCAUUUCUGCGCAUUGCUAAAUAGCAGAAGAGUUUAUAAAGACAAUAAAUUCAGAGCACUGUAAGACUGUG